ACAAGUUUGAUGUGGCCAAUCGUAACUCAAGGCAGAUCGCCUUAGCUGAGUUUCCACACGGGAUCCAAUCGUGUUGCACCGGAUGUACCUUACGAGCUAAUGUUAGGCUAGUUAGAUGUAGCCAGUUAGCUUUAGGUAUUUGUCAACUUGGGCAGAUGUAGACUAAACAUUGCAAUUGAGAUAUAGUGGUAGUACGCUUCUUUAUUUUUCAAACACGUUACAAUAUUCAGUGACGGCUUUAUUUUACCCAUUCGCGUUAGCUAGAUAGCUGUAUCAGCUUUCUCAGCUAAGUGCUGUAGCGUAUGGGUGUCAUAGUUAGCAGUGACUUCAUCUGCUGUCUGGUUUCCUCAUCUCGCAUUUUGGACACGUCAAGGUUCCUCAAAUCUGUAUCUUGAUCAUCCGGGGGGUGUGAUGACAGAACCCAAGACCCCCACUUCCACCCCUGCUGGCGACACAUACAAAGGAUGGGUCUUCAAAUGGACUAAUUACAUCAAGGGUUAUCAGCGGAGGUGGUUUGUCCUGAGCAAUGGGCUUUUGUCAUACUACAGGACCCAGGCAGAGAUGGGUCACACUUGUCGGGGCACAAUCAAUUUGGCCACAGCAACUAUCACUGUGGAUGACGCAUGCAACUUUGUCAUCUCCAAUGGCGGCGCUCAGACAUAUCACCUCAAGGCCAGCUGUGAGGUGGAACGUCAGCGAUGGAUCACUGCUCUAGAGCUGGCUAAAGCCAAAGCGGCCCGCAUGCAGGCUGAGUCAGACGACUCGGGGGAUGACUUUUCUCCAACAACGGCCCCCGGGCAAGGUGGGGGGUCGCAAAAUUCAGAAGUCCAGUCUGCUCUCAGAACUCUGGGCAGCAAGGUGGAGGAUCUCAGCACGUGCAAUGAUCUGAUCUCAAAGCAUGGCUCUGCCCUCCAGAGGUCACUAUCUGAACUGGACAGUUUACGUCUGACCGGGGAGGCCGGUGAUAAGAUCCGCCAGGUUACAGAAAGGGCCACAUUGUUCCGUAUCACCUCGAACGCCAUGAUUAAUGCGUGCAGGGACUUCCUCACCCUGGCUCAGGCUCACAGCAAGCGAUGGCAGAAAGCCUUGCAGGCAGAACGGGAUCAGAGGGUGAGGCUGGAAGAGACUCUGGAGCAGCUGGCUAAGCAACACAAUCACCUGGAGCGGGCGUUCAGAGGGGCCGCGCAGGCUAACGCUAGCUCUGAUAACAAAAGUGCUUCUGGGCCUGGAAAAGGCGAGGCCAGUGAUGAAGACGAUGACAAUGAGUUUUUUGAUGCCAUGGAGGAGGCUCCAGAGUUUAUUACUGUACCUGCAGACCCACAGUUCCACAAAAGGUCCAGCAGUAAUGCCAGCGGUCUCAACAGUGAAAUGUGUCCAGAUGAUCAGUCGCUUAACGAGGAGCCUCUGGCAAUGAACCAGGAGUCUCCCUCUCAGGAGCUGAUUCCCCUGAAAAAGAGACGGACGCGCAUCCCAGACAAGCCCAACUACUCUCUUAACCUUUGGAGUAUCAUGAAGAACUGCAUCGGUAAAGAGCUGUCCAAGAUCCCAAUGCCUGUGGAGGAACCGGUUACUAAGGUGAACUUCAACGAGCCGAUAUCCAUGCUGCAGCGCCUGUCGGAGGACCUGGAAUAUCACGAGUUGCUGGAUAAAGCUGCUAAAUGUCACAGCUCUCUGGAGCAGAUGUGCUACGUGGCGGCCUUCUGCGUGUCCGCCUACUCGACCACCGUCUAUCGCACGGGAAAGCCCUUCAACCCUCUGCUGGGGGAGACGUACGAGCUGGAUCGCAGGAGAGAGAGCGGCUACCGCUCCCUCUGCGAGCAGGUGAGUCAUCACCCCCCUGCAGCAGCACAUCAUGUGCUAUCUGAUCGUGGUUGGACUCUGAGACAGGAAAUCACAGUUGCGAGCAAAUUCAGAGGAAAAUACCUCUCCAUCAUGCCUUUAGGCACAAUUCAUGCCAUCUUUGCAAAGGGCAACAAUCACUACACAUGGAAGAAAGUUACCACAACAGUGCACAACAUCAUUGUGGGAAAGCUCUGGAUUGACCAGUCCGGAGAGAUCGACGUGGUGAACCACACCACAGGAGACCGCUGCCACUUGAAGUUUGCUCCUUACAGCUACUUCUCUCGGGAUGUAGCCAGAAAGGUGACCGGCGUGGUGAUGGACAAGGAUGGAAAGGCUCACUAUGUUCUGUCUGGGACCUGGGAUGAAAAGAUGGAAUUCUCCAGAGUGAUGCAGAGCAGUCGUGGAGGCGAGAACGGCACAGAAGGCAAACAGAAGACCGUCUAUCAAACUCUCAAGGCCAGAGAAGUGUGGAGGAGGAAUCCUUUACCCGAGGGAGCAGACACCAUGUACUACUUCACCUCCCUGGCCCUGACCCUGAACGAGCCCGAGGAGGGCGUGGCGCCCACUGACAGCCGGCGCCGGCCGGACCAGCGCCUCAUGGAGGACGGGCGCUGGGAAGAAGCCAACGCCGAAAAGCAGCGGCUGGAGGAGAAACAGCGCAGCGCCCGGCGGGAGAGGGAGCGGGAGGCGGCCAGCCAGCGCACGCCCAGCCAAUCAGAGGAAGGCGCACCUCACGAUAACUACAAAGCACUUUGGUUUGAGGACUGCGAGGACCGAAUCACCGGCGAGCACAUUCACAUCUAUAAGGGAGGCUACUGGGAAGCCAAGGAGCAAGGCAGCUGGGAAAACUGCCCGGAUAUAUUUUGA